GCUGUCACUGGGGACGAAGUAUCGAUCGGUCCGGGGGCUGGUAAUGCACUUUCCCGCACGUUCAGCCCACGUUGCACAAUGUCGACCUUCAGAGGUGUUACACAAAGUAGAAUCUCAAGCCCGCGAAUUAGGCAGCCUUUUUCGUCUCGAUUUUGGAGCCGUCCCGGCUCAACGUAGCAUUACAUUCGUAGACGACGGCGUCAGCUUAGACAACUUACUCGUGAAGAGUGCACUCAUCCCCCAAGAAAAGUACGCCUUGUCAAUCACACUCACAUCGUCUCUCCUCCAACUCAGUCACACACUAUGGCUUCCAAAUUCAUGGAACAAGACUGAUAUCAUCUUUCUCCGAGCAAAAGGCGGCUCCGCCGUUGCCGGAACGACAGUAGACGUGAAAGCAUCCGUAUCUCACCCGCGAACAGAAGUCUAACACCACCACCCUUCUCCGUCAACACACUUCGCCCGGAAACGAGUCGCCCAAGCUGCUUGCGCUUGGCAUUAUGCUGCUGGAAAUCUUCUUCGGCCUCCCCAUUGAAGACGUCCGGAAACCAGAGGAUCUAGGCCCAAAUAAUCAGCCGAACGAGAUGUCGGAUUUCCAGGCGGUGUUGCGAUGGUUACGGGAGAGGGAAGAUGCCGGGGAGGUUUCAUCCUUCGCCUUUCAUUCUGCGACCGGAUAUUGUCUGAAAUGCUUCGUCGGCCCCAGUGCAAGCUUGAAGAACGAAUAUUUUUCGAAAACGGUUGAAGCGCAGAUUCUGCCUCCGCUGGAGGAGGAGAUGACCUCUCUUCUUUAUGGCCGCCGCGGUGAUGCGUAGAGCUAAGAAUAGAGACUGCAUUUCAUCUGGAAUGGCGAACUGCAGCCAAACUGAUUAAUUGUGAUUAAAGUAUUGGGUUUUAUCAAGGAG